AUGAUUUUCCAGUGUGUAAUCAACGCAUUCGGAGCUUUUGUCGCUGCUUUCGUGCUGCUACUUAGGAUCGUGUUUGUGGGUGGCAUCAACUGGAGGACGUCUCUCGAGACCGAACUCCUUUGCUGUGAUAUUGCUCAACAAACCCUUAUGGAGUUCAGGAGAGAAAACAGAAUGCGCCGCAUUCUGCAUUUCAUUCUGAACUUUAUUGGAUUUUCUGGUAUGAUCGGAUACGAUGAGCCUUCUCUGUCUGCCUGCAAUGGACCCUUGCAAGCCUUGGUGAGGAACACUCUCCUAGGUGAACAGGGAACAUCCCCAGCUGAGGAGGUUCUUCAUAGAGUGGAUGAACUCGUGUUUUUGCCAAAAGUGUUCCUGUUUCUUACAACCGUCGCCAUUACAAUGUUCUUAUUCAAAGGGAAGAAGAAGAUUGCUGGAAAGAUUGAACAAACUUUGGUAACUGAAACUGAGGAAAAGGACAUAGACUGGAUAACGGAAGACGAAGACGACUUGAUUCGCAGAACAGUAGAUGACAGGAUAGAACAAGAAGAAGAGGACAGAAAAGAACUGGUAGAAGACGACAUGGGAAAACUAGAAGAGGACAGUAAAGAACUUGAGGAAGACGACAUAGGAAAACUGGAAGAAGAAGUCAGCAAAGAACUGGAAGAAGAGGACAGGAUAGAACUCGAGGAAGUAGAGGAACUGAAUCAAGAUAUUUUGGAACUUUCUGUUCCAGAAUUCACAAAUGAAACCAGUUCCAUGGAUCUCGAAUCUGAAAACUGCGAAGCAGAGAGCAUCGAUGAGGUCCCCCUGGAGGAGCCACGAAAGGAAGAGGAAAACGUUCCCCCAAAACUGACAAAGGAAGUGAAAUUAGUUAAUGGAGACUUGUAUGAAUUCCCAAUAUCGAAGACUGAAAAACUCAUUUUACGCAAAAUAGGAAGCGAGGCCAGGGAAUUCACACAGUUCUACAACGUUCGCCUCGACAUUCCUGAAGACGACACCAAGGAAGUUGCCUAUUUGGAAGGCGCUGAAAAUCGUGUCCAAAUGGCCUUCCAGCACAUCCAAGAAAUCCUCGAAGAACACAAGAGAGAAGGAUAUAAUAUCGAUGCUGAAGACCUCGACAGUGAAGAGCCCAAUCCCCCUUCUGAGGAAUUGGUGCACGAGCCUGAAAGUGGAUUGAAUUUUGCUGCCAUCCUCAAGAAGUGUCCUCCAGAGAAAAAGAAAGAGAAGAAGCAAACUUUCUUCAUUGUGCAACGCAAAACUUUCCCCAUCAUGGAGGAAUGGAAAUGGCUCGAAGAGGACGACGAAGAAGAGGAUAUGGAAUUUGAAAGUGAUUUGGAAACUCCCGAGAAAGAUGAAUGGGAGUUCGAGGAAGAUGAAUGGGAGUUUGAGGAAGAUGAAUGGGAGUUUGAGGAAGACAGGCACAAGAUUAUUGUUGGCAUAUCGCUUCGCGAGGCUCCUGAAGAGGACGGCCAGGGAGGCAUGCGAAGCAGACGUUUACUGAAAUCUGUGCCCCGACGACUAAACAUUCUUCUUCCUCAUCAUAAAGAACAGGAAGAGGCUGAAGAGGAAAAAAUUCAUCUUCAGGAAAAGGCGGAAGAGCCUGCACAGGAGAAGGAAUCAGACCGUCAAGAGGAAAACUUCGAAGAAUCUGAGGAACAAGAGGAAACGCCCGGUCUCACCCUGAAGGAAUCGGUAGAAGAAAAUGUUCUUCACGAAGAAAAGGAGGAAAACGGUCCUCCUCCUCCCCCGGAAGACAAAGCCAAUGAACCUGAAGGAGUGGAAGCGAAGGUACAGGAAGAAUCAGAAAAAAUGUCCUUUGCUAACAUAGCAAAGAUUCUUCCUGUGCCGAAAAGUGCCGCCCUCGCUGAAAACUCUAUGGCAAAACCAACUGCCCCAAUUAAAAACCCCGAGGUAACACGGCCUGCAAAGGGAGAUAACUGGAAAACAACACGACCCCGAAGAUGUGGAACCUCUCAAAACAGUGUGGAGGAAAAGCCUUCUCCUUCCACUGUGAGAACGACCUGA